CGCCAAGGCUCCUCCUCCUCAUGUGUGUUCGCUUCUGUCAGCUCCUCAAGCUAGAAAAACGGAGCAAGAAACCGUACAUCUUCAGGAAGAGACUCGGAGACAAGGGACAACACCGACCGCAUCACCGGAGAACAGAUACGUCAUUGAGGGAUCCAAAGCCCCAGGGGUAUGGUGGUGCCGUACGAGGGCCAGUCCUUCUCCUCCCUGAGAAGGCAGUGCCUGCAGAGCGGAGGUCUGUUUGAAGACCCUCUCUUCCCCGCCUCUGACCAGUCCCUCUUCAACCAGGCCAACACCAUAGGCCGCAUCACAUGGAAGAGACCCAAGGACCUGUGUUCGGAUCACCUGUUCGUGAAUGGGAUCAGCGCCCACGACCUGAACCAAGGCCAGUUGGGGAACUGCUGGUUCGUUGCUGCCUGUUCCAGCCUGGCCUCCAGAGAGGCCCUCUGGCAGAAGGUCAUCCCUGACUGGAAGGACCAGGAAUGGGACAAGCCAGAAUCCUACGCCGGAAUCUUCCACUUCCGCUUCUGGCGCUUUGGCAAGUGGGCGGACGUUGUCAUUGACGACCGGUUGCCGACGGUGAACAAUGGCGAGCUGGUGUACUGUCAUUCCAGCGACAGCAACGAGUUCUGGAGCGCGCUGGUGGAGAAGGCUUAUGCAAAGCUCCAUGGCUGCUACGAGGCUCUGGAUGGGGGAAACACGGCUGACGCCCUGGUGGACUUCACCGGGGGGGUGUCGGAGCCCCUGGACCUGGUGGAGGACAGGCUGAAGGACGACCAGGACAAACGCAGCGAGCUGUUUGAGAGAGUCCUCAAGGUCCACAACAGAGGAGGCCUCAUCAGCUGCUCCAUACGGGCGACGUCGUCGGCGGAGAUGGAGGCGCGCCUGGAGUGCGGCCUGGUGAAGGGCCACGCCUACGCCGUGACGGACGUGAGGAGGGUGCGUCUGGGCCACGGCCUGCUGGCCUUCUUCAGGUCCGACAAGCUCACCAUGAUCCGCAUGAGGAACCCCUGGGGUCAGAGAGAGUGGAACGGGCCCUGGAGUGACAGCUCUGAGGAGUGGCAGAAGGUGAGCCCGAGCGUGAGAGAGCAGAUUGGGAUGACCGUGCAGGACGACGGAGAGUUCUGGAUGACGUUUGAUGACUUCUGUGAGCACUACACAGACCUGAUCCUGUGUCGCCUCAUCAACACCUCCUACCUGAGCUUCCACAAGACCUGGGAGGAGGCAGCCAUGACGGGCGCCUGGCAACGCCUCGACGACCCGCUGACCAACCGCUCGGGAGGGUGCACCAACAAUAAACACACCUUCCUCCAGAACCCACAGUACGUGUUUGACGUGAAGAAGCCCGAGGACGAGGUGCUGGUCUGUCUUCAGCAGCAAGACAAGAGAGCUCGCCUUCGAGAGGGCAAGGGAGAAAACCUGGCCAUCGGCUUCGAAAUCCACAGGGUGGAGAUGAACAGGACGUACCGCAUGCACAUCCCUCAGCAGAAGGUCGGGGGGAGUGUUUACAUCAACUCCCGGAGUGUGUUCCUCCGCAUCGAUCUGAAAGAGGGCCGCUACGUCAUCAUCCCUACGACCUUUGACCCUGGUCUGGAGGGAGACUUCCUGCUCCGAACCUUCACUGAUGUCCCGUCAGACAGCAAGGAGCUGACGGUGCAUGAGCCCCCCCAGACCUGCUGGACGGGCAUGUGUGGCUUCCCCUCCCUGGUCACCCAGGUUCACGUGCUGCAGGCCGACGGGCUGGCAGGACAGGACUCCAACGGAGCCUCCGACCCGUACGUGAUCAUCAGGUGUGAGGGGGAGAAGGUUCGCUCUCCGGUCCACAAAGACACCCGCAGCCCUGCGUUCGACACCAAGGCUGUGUUCUACAGGAAGAAGGCCCAGAAGCCCAUCCAGAUAGAGAUCUACAACAGGAACAUCCUGAUGGAUUCCUUCCUGGGUCAGGUGACCUUGACCGCUGACCCCAAUGACCUCAAGCAGCAGCACACGGUGCACCUGAGAGACAAGGGAAAUCGCCAAGACAACGACCUGCCCGGCACACUCACCAUCACCCUGCUGACGAGCAACGUGCUCACCAACAUCUGAACCACACACACACACACACAGCAUCAACAUUUACCCCCCCACACCUACAUAUUACCUGAUCAGUCGACUUUUGUACUCUACUCCUGUAACUUCCUCAUUCGAACCUUUUGACAGCUCUCCCUCCUCCCUAUCCAGCACUGGGAUUGGACAAGCCAUAACCACUUUGUCCAGUAGGAGAGAGCAGAGCCAUGCUGAGGCCAGUAACAGAGUAUGAUUAGUCAAAAGUGCCUGUGUCUGUAUAGACAGCCUACAUAUGUGAUGUGGUAUAGAAAUAUACAUGUGCUAACUGUACAUCUUUAUAUGGCAUGUCAUCAUUAUACAUCAUAUACGAAUCAGGACAUUUUCUCUUUCUAGUAUUAUUUGCCAAAUGUUUAACUGUAUAUUAAGUGAUUUAUCGACAUAUAUCUGCUGGUGGGACCAAAAAUACAGUAGCCAUACCUCACUGUCAGCAAUGUACCAACCAUAACCAAUCUAAACCACUGACCACAGCCUUCACAAGGUCAGUGGGUGCGUGCCAGUUUUGUGGGUGGUGUUGUACCAAUCUUGGCCACAGGGGGGCAGCAGAGAUUAAUCCCAGGACCAUCCAGGCUUCGCUUCAGCUGCUCAAGAGUUUAGCACUAAUUCCGUUUAUUUAACUUUUGCUCAAUUGAAGUUCACAAAAUGUGUUUACCAAAUUAUUUCAGCAUAACAAGACACAUGUUGUCGUGCUUUGUUUUAAUUUUGUCCUAAAUGUGUAUAUUGAUGAAUACUGUGUCAUGUUUACCUAUAACACAGAACUGAUAUAUUGAUAUAUUGUACAAGUGCCUCCCUUUGACCUCUGUUCCUAUUUUUAUAGUUCUUCAUUCAUCCCAGCUGUGUUCUUAGCAGGCAUGUGUUGGCUGCAGUCUAGGGACUAUAGUUUUUAGAAUAAAAAUUCACAGUAGGUGAUUUUAUGCUCUCAGGAGAACCUAACAUAAGUGAGUACAGUCUGGUGGCUGGGAACUGGGUUAGGUUGACAGACAGCCAGUCUUGAUGUUGGAUGGUGGUCCACUGUGAUUGGUCAGAGAGAGGCUUCCAGUCAGAAGCUCUGUGUCUGGACAGUAUUCAUUCACCUGCAGCGAGGAGAUUAAGUUAGAGUUUCACACUAACACUGCUGCACUUAAAAGCUAAACUCUCUAAGUCCUCAUCUUUGUUUUCAGUUGAGACCCUCACUUUGAAACUGAAAGUUUACAGUCUAAACGAUAUGUCCAUAUCUGUACAAGCAACUGGACAGAUCCAUCUGUCUGUUUUCACUGUUUGGAUGUGAGGUUUACAUGUCUCGAAUGUUGCAGAAGUCUUUUUCUACGGGUUAUAAGGUCAACUUCACUCUGUUCUCUUUUAUAUUCUCAAUCCUGUUAACUGUGAUCAUCUUUAUUGUAUUAAACGCAACUUACAAUUA